CGAGCGGGCAAGUGAGCGAGGAGUUCCCGGGGGCUCGGUUCGGCGCUGCGCUCCCCCCGCUCGCUCGCUCUCGCGGCUGUCUCCGCUCUGCCUGGCCGGGGCUCAGGCCGCCGCCGCGUCCGGGCCCCGCUGCCGCCGCCGGUCGCUGCGCAGGUUUGGAACGCGCGCCAUUUUGUGAGCGAUAGAAAAUCUGCCCGGCCAGGAAGCGCCGCGGAUCCGCCCGCCGGGCCGGGCCCCCCCGCCCGACUCCCCGCGAGAGGGAGGCGCGCUGCGGGCUCCCGCCGGGGCCCCGCACCACACCGGGGCCCGAGGGCGGCUGGACUGCGGAGCGGAGGCGCUGCGGUGCCGGGGCCCCCGGCCGAAGCGGGGGAAGCGCUGUACCCAGCCGCCGCCUCCCCGGAGCUCGAGAGAGGAGGCCUCUGCCGGGAUCGGGCCCCCCACGGCAGCCGGGCAGGAGAGCAGUGGCCACCCCCAACUCCCACGGUGUUGUGUUUUGCUGCUGGACUCUCCCCUGCCACCCACCCCCACAGGAUGAUAUGAGACUUGAAAGAAGACGAUGCAUACAGGAGGAGAGACUUCAGCAUGCAAACCUUCAUCUGUUCGGCUUGCACCGUCAUUUUCAUUCCAUGCUGCUGGCCUUCAGAUGGCUGGACAGAUGUCCCAUUCACAUCAGCAGUACAGCGAUCGUCGGCAGCAGAACAUAAAUGACCAACAGGUUUCUGCCUUAUCCUACACUGACCAGAUUCAACAACCUCUAACCAACCAAAGGCGGAUGCCCCAAACUUUCCGUGAUCCAGCUACUGCUCCCCUGAGGAAACUCUCCGUUGAUCUGAUCAAAACAUACAAACAUAUUAAUGAGGUUUACUAUGCAAAAAAGAAGAGGCGGCACCAACAGGGCCAAGGAGAUGAUUCCAGUCAUAAAAAGGAACGGAAAGUUUACAACGAUGGCUAUGAUGAUGACAACUAUGACUAUAUUGUAAAAAAUGGGGAGAAGUGGAUGGAUCGUUAUGAAAUUGACUCUUUAAUUGGCAAAGGAUCCUUUGGGCAGGUUGUAAAGGCUUAUGAUCGUGUGGAACAGGAGUGGGUUGCUAUUAAAAUUAUAAAGAACAAGAAGGCUUUCCUAAAUCAAGCCCAGAUUGAAGUGCGGCUUUUGGAGCUUAUGAACAAACAUGACACUGAAAUGAAAUACUAUAUAGUGCAUUUGAAACGCCACUUUAUGUUCCGAAACCAUCUCUGUUUAGUUUUCGAAAUGCUGUCCUACAACCUCUAUGACCUGUUGCGGAACACCAACUUCAGAGGUGUCUCACUGAACCUGACACGAAAGUUUGCACAGCAGAUGUGCACUGCACUGCUUUUCCUUGCGACUCCUGAACUUAGUAUCAUUCACUGUGACCUAAAACCUGAGAAUAUCCUGCUCUGUAACCCCAAACGAAGCGCUAUCAAGAUUGUUGAUUUUGGCAGUUCUUGCCAACUUGGGCAGAGGAUAUACCAAUAUAUCCAGAGUCGUUUUUAUAGAUCUCCAGAGGUGCUACUGGGAAUGCCUUAUGACCUUGCAAUUGACAUGUGGUCCCUUGGGUGUAUUUUAGUAGAAAUGCACACUGGAGAACCUCUCUUUAGUGGAGCAAACGAGGUGGAUCAAAUGAAUAAAAUAGUGGAAGUUCUGGGUAUAGCACCUGCUCAUAUUCUUGACCAAGCACCAAAAGCAAGAAAGUUCUUUGAAAAGUUGCCAGAUGGCACUUGGAACUUAAAGAAGACCAAAGAUGGAAAAAGGGAGUACAAACCACCAGGAACUCGUAAACUUCACAAUAUACUUGGAGUUGAAACAGGGGGACCAGGCGGACGGCGUACUGGGGAAUCGGGUCAUACUGUAGCUGACUACUUGAAGUUCAAAGACCUCAUCUUAAGGAUGCUUGAUUAUGACCCCAAAACCCGAAUUCAACCUUAUUAUGCCCUGCAGCACAGUUUCUUUAAGAAAACAGCAGAUGAAGGUACAAAUACAAGUAACAGUGUGUCUACGAGUCCUGCCAUGGAGCAGUCGCAGUCUUCAGGAACCACCUCUAGCACAUCUUCAAGCUCAGGUGGGUCUUCUGGGACAAGCAACAGUGGAAGGGCUCGGUCAGACCCUACACAUCAACAUCGACACAGUGGUGGACACUUCACUGCUGCUGUCCAAGCUAUGGACUGUGAAACACAGAGUCCACAGGUUCGACAGCAGUUUCCUCCUCCACUUGGUUGGACAAGCACUGAAGCUCCUACACAGGUCACCGUUGAAACCCAUCCAGUUCAAGAAACCACCUUUCAUGUAACCCCUCAGCAACAAAAUGCAUUACAUCACCACCAUGGGAAUAACUCCCACCAUCACCACCACCACCACCACCACCAUCAUCAUGGACAGCAAGCCUUGGGUAGCCGGACCAGGCCAAGGGUCUACAAUUCUCCCACAAAUAGCUCCUCCACCCAGGAUUCUAUGGAGGUGGGCCAUAGUCACCACUCCAUGACAUCUCUGUCUUCCUCAACUACUUCUUCCUCUACAUCUUCCUCCUCUACCGGUAACCAAGGCAAUCAAGCCUAUCAGAACCGCCCAGUGGCUGCUAAUACCUUGGACUUCGGACAAAAUGGAGCUAUAGACAUGAAUUUAACAGUCUAUUCUAAUCCGCGCCAAGAGACUGGCAUAGCUGGACAUCCAACAUACCAGUUUUCUGCUAAUACAGGUCCUGCUCAUUACAUGACUGAAGGACACCUUGCAAUGAGGCAAGGAAUUGAUAGAGAAGAGUCUCCCAUGACAGGAGUUUGUGUUCAGCAAAGUCCUGUGGCUAGCUCGUGACUAAACUGAAACUAAGUUUGUUUCUUGUGUGUUUUUAUAGAAGUGGUGUUUUUCCAAAAACAAAGUGCAAAGCUGCUUGAAUCAGAAGGAGAUAAACUCACUGAACCGCUACAGGAGGGCAAAGCUGACUAUUUUUUUAAACUUGAAAAGAUUGCAAAGGGACAAUGAAAGUUUUUUAAGAGCCAUGUCCAAACCCACCUUAAUGGAUAGCUUAGAGGUGUUGUCUCACCUUUUGCUUCCCCCUUCCUCCCAUUUUAACUUGCCACAACUUAGUCAUAGAUUUUUUUUUUUUUGUCUCAGUCAACAGGGGUUAAUGUUCAAAUGUUGGUCUUAGUUGCAAAUUAUUUUUUUUAAAAGCACUGCACAGGAUUUACAUAAAAGGACCCUUUGAGGUUGGUGGGGAGGGAUUGAGUAAUAUGGGUUUUUUAAGUUCCCCAAAUACACAUGGGC